AUGGAGUUUCGGAGUGAGGACUCAGUGAGGGAGACUCGAAAGACUCGAGCCAAUGUGGCCAACAUGGCCACGCGCUUGCCCUUUGGCCUGCCGGUGCAGCAGAAGAGGCAUGUGAGCAGUGCUCCCAAGGAGCCCUGGAAGGCAUCGACGCGACCUUCUCUCGAACUAUCAGAUGCCGUCCUCCCGAGCCUGGCGAAGCAGGCCGCUGGCAUUGGCGCUUGGGUGCCGAAGCAGCAGAAGGGCAGCAAAGAGAGGAGUCGAAACGAGCAGGAGGACAGUCUUCCUCAAAUCGAAGAAAUCGCCAACCGGAUCGCAGACAGGUAUGCCGGUGGACUCAAGAAGCUGAACCAGGUACAAAGAGAGUGGAGACAGAAGCACGAUGCGCUGGUCCGCAGGCGACUGCAAUCUAGCCAUGAGGAUCUCCAUCAGCUUAGCAAGGAGGAGACCCGGCCGUCUGCCUUGCGCGGCGGAUCCCAGAGUGCCCGUGGCCCGAUGCCCGACGAGGAGCGAGUCGUUCAGUCUGAGCGCGCAGCUUCCCAUCGAAGCGUGCGAUCGGGUAACACUCCCAGGCGGAACCCGAAGAAGAAGAAAAAGAAGUUUGAGCUCAUGGAGGAGGUGGAUGUAACAGAGCCCGAGGAAGAACUCGAGAGGGAGCAAAGCAUCCACGACAUGCUGAAGAGCGGUUUCUCCGAUCUCUUCCACGCCAAGCGGGACGACAUCGCACAAGCCAAGCCAAAGGAGUUGGAGGACUUCGACUCCCCGAUUCAAAGCCGAGGUCUCGGCCAGAGCGAAUCCUCCAAGUACGAGGAGUUGCAGGUGAUGAGUCCGGUGAGCGACACCGAAAAAGCCUCCUCCGCCGAAGAGGUCCUGGACGAGAACCAGGCAGAUCCGUUUCGGAUCAUCGGAGACGAGGCAGAUUUGGCGGUUCUGGCAGCUGUCGACUGGGCGAUGGUGGUCGCUGCAGGUGAUGCCGACACAGAGCCACCAAUGUCACCCAUGUCAGUGCGACAAGUGAGCACGAAUGAUGCGGCUUCACUGCCGGGUGAGGACAGUCAGGAGCUGCAGCGCUAUUCCUCCAAACGAAGCGUUCCGUACCGACCCGAGGCAGCGGUGAGGCACACCAGGAAUCCGAGUCACAGGAGGACGGCAACUUGGCAGAGGCCGAAACCGGUCGAGGACCGAGGUGAUGAGGAACGUCAUGGGCGUGAGCUUAGCUAUGCCACCUGCAGCGAGCUGGCCAAAAAGCACAGGUUGACGGUCGUGCAGGUGAGGGAAACUUUGGAGGAAUAUCUCCUCCUGGACAAGAACAAGGACGGACGCCUGUCCUUCGACGAGUUUGAACAGGCGAUUCGCGACCGUUGCGCCAUACCCGUCGGUCAAGUUGUUCCUCCGCACCUCCUCAGUUUCAAUUGGAACAAGGCUGACAGGGACGGCAAUGCGGAGAUCUGCUUCGAAGAGUUUUUGCUAUGGUCCACAGAGCAUGCCUUCACGGAAGAGCUGGUGGUGCAUGAUCCCCAGGAGCGGUAUCUGCGGGAGUUGGCUCGCAAGCAUAACUUCACUCUCGACGAGGUCGAUCGAUGCCACAAAACCUUCAAUGCCUCAGAUGCCAACAGGAAUGGCUCUAUUGAGGAAGCGGAGUUCCGUCACUGCGUGGCAUCUUUGUGGAAGUGCGAUUUGGAAGACAUCUCCCCCACGAGGCUGCGACAAUUCUGGCUCGAGGCCGACAAAGCCCGAAUGGGAAAGCUCAGCUUCGAGGUUUUUCUGGUGUGGUACAUGACGAUCGGAGUGCGCUGA